UAUCAAAUGUUGUAGCACACAACACAUAUUUUUUCUUUAUCCCCUUCAUCAUGUCUAAAGUUCAAGUUCAAGCUUAUACGAUCCCUCUCCUCCAUGCUGCUAAAUACCCUUCCUCUGCUGUUUGUGGUGUCUUGUUGGGUACAAACACACCUGAUGGCGUACAAGUAAACACCGCCGUCCCCUUCUUUCAUCAUUGGACUACCGUUACUCCCAUGCUUGAAGUUGCUUUAAAGCAGACAGACAUUUACGCCAAGCAAAAUAGUUUAAGCAUUGUUGGUUGGUAUCAAGCUAAUGCCAGUGCUGAAGAUAACGCCUUGCCUGAAAGAGCCAUCAAAGUAGGGGAGACAAUCAGAAAGAACAAUGGCAACAAGGCACUCAUCUUUUUGUUGGAUAACAAGCAAUUCUCAGAAUUAAACGAAUCCGCCAUUACACCCUUUGUUUUCGCAGAGAAUCAAUGGAGAAAGGUCAAGGAGGCUUUCCAAGGCCCCGAAGUUCGUUUGGUGGAAGAGGAGGAGACGAUUUCCAAAGCACGCGAACUUUUUAGCUCUUCUGCAUAUACUAGACUUCACGAUUUCGACGAACACGUAGAAAAUGUUUCAUUAGAUUGGUUAAAUACGAGCAAACUUGUUUUAUAGAAAGAGAGAGAGAGAGAGGAAAGGGAGUGGAUGUUAUUUUAUAUAUAUAUAAAAAAAAAAGAGGGCCGUUUGUAUGUCUUCAGACAAACUUCUUAUC